UGUGAUGAAUGAAACUACUCUCACGUACAAUGCCCUGAGUAACGGCUCGGAGAGGAACGCGACACCCGAUACUCUGCUACCUUCCGCACACAAUAUCAUAGACAACAAAUGGGUUCAAGCUGCGUUUUGUGUCAUCUACACGAUCAUAUUCGUGCUUGGCUUGCUGGGCAACUGCCUCGUCUGCUUCGUCGUCGUCAGAAACAAGGCCAUGCAGACCGUCACUAAUUUAUUCAUUUCCAAUUUGGCUCUGUCCGACAUUCUAUUAUGUAUCUUCGCCGUCCCUUUCACACCUCUAUAUUCGUUCCGCGGCUCGUGGAGUUGGGGCUCCCUCUUAUGUCACAUAAUGCCUUUUGCACAAGGGUGCAGUGUAUACAUAUCUACUUUAACUCUUAUGUCUAUUGCUAUCGAUAGGUUUUUUGUAAUAAUUUACCCUUUCCGACCGAGGAUGAAGAUUGAGACGUGUAUUUCCGUAAUAAUAAUGAUAUGGACAUUUUCCGUCACUGUGACGAUGCCGUACGCCAUAUUUAUGACAUAUUACGAUUUAGAAAUUGGGAAGUUUUGUGAGGAGACAUGGCCAUCAGAAAAACUGCGGCGCGUGUUUGGUUCGGUGACAUCAAUUCUGCAGUUUGUUUUACCUUUCAUGGUAAUUGCUUUUUGCUACACAUGUGUCAGUUUCAAGUUGAACGACAGGGCAAAAGCGAAGGCCGCCAGCAAAAAUUCUCGCAAAGAGGAGAUUGAUAAAAAUAGGAAGCGACGAACCAAUCAAAUGUUGAUAGCUAUGGUGACAAUUUUCGGCCUGUCGUGGCUUCCUCUGAACGUGAUCAACCUCUGCAACGACUAUUAUAUGUACGCUAUACACUACAAGUACUACUUCUUGAUAUUUUUCACUGUACACGUGAUAGCGAUGUCGUCCACUUGCUACAAUCCCUUCAUAUACGCGUGGAUGAACGAAAACUUUAGGAAGGAGUUUAAGCAGUUGAUUCCUUGUAUUGACUCUUCUGCGCCUUUGAGGGGCAAUAUACCUUUGGAUCAGCUGGGGAUCGGGCCUUCGGAGAAGACGUUUAAUGGGAAUACUACCACAGACAGUUAUUUAGGAUCUAGUUCUCAGCGUUCGACGUCGUUUCGGCACAAGAGGAAGCCGAGUGCUGCUGCAGAUGUGGAGAAGAGUGGGGUGGAGUUGAAUGAAGACCUGUUGACGGUGGACGUGAAGCACUGCCACAUAUCGACGAGCUACAACCUGCGCCGGGAGUCUGUUAAGCUGCGCUUGAUUAACGAGGAGUCAUUCGACGGCACCCCAACGCAGAGUCAAUUCUAACGGUUGAUGUCCCGGGUGCGGCAAUGGCGACGUUCCCAACUUUGAAAACCAAAUGAUAGACUUUAGGGUUACCCAAUAUUUUUGGAGUGUAUUUUUUGUACUGACAUCGUCUUUACUAUUCACAAUUCGACUA